GUUCUUCCUCUGUUUCUUGUGAGUAUAGUCCUGUCCAGCCCGGCUUGGAGCUCGCGCUUCGCGUCUUCAAUCGGCAAUGGCGGCCGCGCGUUAGGUCACCGGCAUUCCUCGCGGUCUGAGCUCCUGGCAUUGGAUUUCUUGGUCAGAUCGCAGCCAUUCUGGAUACCAUGGCAAUGCCGCGCUUCUUGCUGCUGAUUCUCGCGAUUCUGGGGUUAUUGCACUCCUCCCGGGCCGACGCUCCCAUUUCUUUCUUCGACUGGGUUGUGUCUUAUGAGACUCGGGCCCCUCUUGGCGUCAAGCAACAGGUGAUCGUGAUAAAUGGGAUGUUCCCGGGUCCAGUGCUAAACACCACCACCAACAGGAUCAACAUCGUCAACGUCCAGAACAAUCUGGAUGAGCCCUUUCUACUCACCUGGGAUGGUAUCCAGAACCGAAGAAAUGCCUGGAUGGAUGGAGUUGCGGCAACGAACUGUCCCAUACCGGCGGGCCAAAACUUCACCUACAACAUCACGGCUAAGGAUCAAAUUGGCAGUUUCUUCUACUGGCCAACGACGAUGUUCCAAAGAGCUGCUGGCGGUGUUGGGUCUGUGAGGGUGAAUCCGCGUGCUGCCUCGGGUGUGAGGGUGCCAUUCGCACCUCCAGACGGUGAUAUAGUUGUUAUGAUUGGUGACUGGUACACUCGGAGCCACAAGGAAUUGCGAGCUUCUCUAGACAGGGGCGUUUUACUCGGGAUGCCAGACGGUGUUCUUAUCAAUGGGAAAGGAGCUUACAACAGAACCACGGAUUACGAAACCAUCCCUGUGCGAAGAGAUCAUGUAUACCGGUUUCGAGUGACAAAUGUGGGUGUGAGCACGACUCUAAACUUUCGGAUUCAAGGCCACCAGCUCAACCUUGUGGAAACCGAGGGGUCUUACACUGUGCAGCAACCAUACGACUCUAUAGACAUUUUCGUGGGACAAUCGUAUUCGUUUCUUCUUAACUGCACUGCAAAUGCUAGCGACUACUACAUCGUUGCUAGCCCCAGGUUUGUGGGCAAUGAGACCGAGUGGGCGAAUAUCACUGGUGUUGGAGUCCUCCAUUAUUUGGACUCCAAGGCUUUGGUUAAUGGCCCCCUUCCCGAAGGGCCCAGUAUUUAUGAUGGGGGCUGGUCCGUAAAUCAAGCUCGUCAACUCAGACGUAACUUGACAACGGGAGCGGCUCGGCCAAAUCCUCAAGGCUCUUUUCACUAUGGGCAGAUCAACGUCACACAGACAUUCGUUUUGACAAGUACCGCAGUAUCAAUUGCCGGGAAGCGACGGUUCGCGGUCAAUGGUUUUUCUUUCGAAGUUCCAUCCACACCUCUGCUUCUCGCGGACGAGUACAACAUUACAGGCCUAUACAAGCUGAAUUCUUUCCCAGAAAAAGUUGGAAGCGUCGUUCCUGGCCUCCAGACGUCCGUCGUAAACGCCACGUACGCUGGUUUCUUGGAGAUCAUCUUUCAAAACCCGGACAACAACUCAGUCCAGUCGUGGCAUGUCGAUGGCUAUGCGGCAUUCGUCGUCGGAUACGGACCAGGGCAAUGGACUGAAAAUGAUAGAGGCCAGUACAACAAAUGGGACGCUGUAUCUCGCUCCACCGUUCAGGUUUUCCCUGGCUCCUGGACGGCCAUCCAAAUCUCCCUGGACAAUGUGGGCUUGUGGAACAUACGCUCAGAGGACUUGGUCCGCCAUUAUCUCGGCCAAGAAAUCUACAUGUUCGUGAACGAUCCAAGCGACAACAUCAAGAACACGGCUUUCCCGAAACCAGACAACGUCCUGUAUUGUGGACGGCUUGCAAAUCUUGCUCCGCUAUCGAGUCGCCAUCGCAAGAGCUCCGGCACCCAAGCAGCGAAGCUCUCCUUGACUACAUUGCUCACUCUGGCGAGCGCUGCGCUCCUGAGCUUACUGUGGCUCUAGAGGUCUGUAGAGGAUUGAUUGACCCGACGGUUUUGCAUUUCAUUUUUUUUUUUUUUCUAGUUUGAGGAGCCACAUUACUGCUGAGAGAUAUAUUGGGUGUUGGUUUUUUUGAUCUAUCUCUGAAAGGAAGAAACCACCAUUUUGUUUGCUUGUUCUUCUCUCUCUUCUCUCCUCUCUCCCAAGUUUCUGGUGAUGAUUUGUAAGUUUGUGAGAAGAAUUCGUACUCUCUUUUUUUC